UUAUACACGAGCCGGGACAAGACGGCACGAGGGCGGGGGCCGCGGAGGAAGUGGGGGAGGGAAAUUAGCGGCUCCCAGGCACGGGAGGGACACCGAGAAUAGCGCCCCCAAAUCCAGGGCCCCGGUCUAAAAUCCAUCCAGGCAGCCGCCGUCCAAUCCCAAUCCCAAUCCCAAUCCUACCUUGUCUUUGUUCUUUCUUCCUCCGACGACGAGGGGAGAUUGCUGGUCAGCUCUCUGUCUUCCUUCCUUCCUUCUUUCUUCCUGGUUGGAGGAUUGAUCAAAUCCUGCAAAGGAUUAGGUUUUCUUGGGAUUGGUGGGUGGUAGUCUUGUCCUCCCCCCAAAUCGUUUUUGAUUUGAUUUGAUUUGGGUUGGGUUGGGGUUCAUCGAAUCAAUCAUUUCAAGAACAGAGUUAUUCUCGGCGGAUUUCUUCCACCGCCGUCAGUUCUUGUGUGGAUUGUGUCUCUUCCGUUCUGUUUCGGUUUCAGAAUCUGCAGUUCGUCGUCGGACCGGUUGUUUCCUGAGUCCCAUCUGAGGAUAGGUUCAAAAUAAAUUCAGAAUCCAAGCCUGGUUGUCUCCGAGUUGAAGCUAUGGCUGCGCGGCCGACGACGUCGGAGUCCGGGAGCACGACGACCGACGACGACGUGCACCUUUCGCCGACCAGCAUCUGCAGCGGCGGCGGAGGUGGGGCCUGCGUCGUCGUCGGCGGCAGCCGCAUCAAGAUACUCUGCAGCUUCGGCGGCCGCAUCAUGCCCCGGCCGUCCGACGGUGCCCUCAAGUACAUCGGCGGCGAGACCCGCGUCCUCGCCGUGCCCCGCUCCAUCCCCUUCUCCGAUUUGAAGAAGAAGGUGGAGGAGAUGUUCAGGACGGAGGUGGCGGCCAUCAAGUACCAGCUCGUCGCCGAGGACCUCGACGUGCUCGUCUCCGUCACCUGCGACGAGGACCUGACCCACAUGCUCGACGAGUACGACCGCUUCGAGGCGAAGCGGUCGCCGUCGGCGUCGCCGCGGUUCCGCGUCUACGUCUUCUCCUCGCAGCCGCCGGUGGCCGCCGCCGUCCCGUCCACCUCCCGCCACGCCGGCUACGCGCCGCCGGCGUCCCACCACCACCUCCUCCAGCACCACCUCCACCACUUCCAGCCGGACCACUACGUCGCCACGCCCGACGGGAGCCCGCCGUACGCCGGACACUCGCACGGCGCCGUGUCGGCGGGCAACUCCCCGCGCGCCGACGCCGUGGGCCCCGACCACCCCGCCGUGUUCGGGCUCAAGAUGCAGCGCGUCCGGAGCACGCCGAACCUCGGCAGCCUGGACGCGUCGCCGCAGCACUACCACCAGCACGCCGCGGACGUCGGUGGCGGCGGCGGCGGCAUGGCGGGAUACAUGGGCGGCAGCUCGCCUGUGCACGCCGGCGCCGGCCACCUCGUCUCGCAGGGCGGCUUCCACAGCUACUACCACCCGCACGGGCAGUACGCCCCGGCGCCCGUGCCGGUGCCGCACCACGCCGGCGUGGGGAGGUACGACACGCGUGGUGGUGGUGGCUACGUGCGAGGCAGCAACUACGUGGCGGCGCCGCCGCCGCCGAUGAUGCCGGUGGCGGUCCGGUCCGGCCGGCCGGUCUCCCGCGGCGGCGGGGCCCCGCCGUACAACGAGAUGCACACGCCGAAGAAUGCGACGACGAUAUGGGAUUGAUGACCGUACGCCGGAGCUUGCUGACGUUGUGGUUUUUGCAGGGAGAGAUGUAAAUAGAUGGAUAUGGAUCGUGGAUGCACGCGGCGUCGCAGUAAUCUUGUUAGUAGUUGUUUUUGCUGAUGAGAAGAGGUCCAGUUUGCUGUAGAACUAUUGUUGUUCACGCUGAGAAAAUUAUUUAAAACGUUCUUUUUCCCAAAUAUCAACUGCAAGGUUGAGUUGAAUUACUACCAGGCCCUGGGUUUCGGGAAGGUCAUUUAGCGAUUGGUUUAGUGAGUUUUAGUUGUUAUAAACUUUAAAAAUAUAUUUAUUUGAUAUUUUACAAAACUUAUAUGUAGAAAGGUUUUCUUACAAAACGUA